AUGAUUGAGCCAGCAGCGCCUUCAUCGCCGCCACCUUCUCCCGAGUCAGCUUCAGUCGAGGAUGAUUCACCGGCUUGGGAACGUUUCAUGAAGAAGGAUCCUGAACCUCGUUCUAGAGCUGAAGUCGAUGACGUGAAACCGGAUGUGAAACCGAAUCCAUCGAAAUCUGCUGCCAAGAUUCCACCACCUGAAUUAUUGAAGGUUUCACAACCCACCGUCGUUGUGCCAACAUUGUCCACCGGUCAAACAGCCAAACCACAUCCACCGAUUCCUUCUCCAGCAAAGUCACAAGGGGGCACUCCAAAGAAGAAAACGAAAGAGUCAAAGUCGAUCUUCGAUCGGAUUAAAGUUCAUGCGACACAUAAUUCCGGUGAAAUAGCUACUUUUGGACCCACUGCGAGCAGCGGUGCACUUGAAGAAGAUGAGGAUGAUGAAACUGGUCCACUCGCUAUCACUUCUGGCUCCUCUGGGAAAGGUGACAUCCAAUCGCUCGCACUGGCAAUUAUGGACGGUGAAAAUCAACUGCAAUUGAUAAAGUCUAAAGCUGAGAAGGAUGCCGCCUAUAAAGAAGCAGCAAAGAAAGCGGCCAAGAUCAAGAGGAAAACAAAACCUGUGAAAGCGUCAAACACAAAAGGACCUAAGUUGAGCAGCGAUGCCGCUUUGGCAGCCGCCGAGAAAGCUGGUGCAAUGAGUGAUCAAAUUAUCAACAAAGAAGUGAACAAGGAUCAAGCAACCUUCGCAUCACAGGAAGGUUUAGAGAUACGUGGAAAUGACUCGAGACACUUGUUGAUGACAAAGUUGAUGCGCGUGAAUCGAUCGCAAAUAUUGUUGCUAAAGAAUAUGGUGAGCGCUGAAGAGAUUGACGAUUUAUUGGAAGAUGAAAUAAAAGAAGAGUGCUCGAAAUAUGGAGACGUUGAGGACGUGUUGAUUGUAAACGACGAGGCGAAUGAUGUGGUUAAGAUAUUUGUCAAGUUCUCAACGACGAAUCAGGUAGAUGAAGCAAAGAAGGCGUUGGAUGAACGUUUCUUCGGCGAUUAUUCUGGUUAC